CAUUUUGUUAGAGCAGUCACAUCUUUGACGUCCCGCGGUUCAGUUGAAUCCCAAGUGCUGUGCUUCACCCUUCCUCUCCUCUUGCAAAUUAUACCAAGAUUACAUGGUGCUGUUUGGCACGAUUAAGAUAACAAACACAUACGGUGUGUGCCGAGGCCCUGUCACCAACGGCCUCAAGAUUGAAACUCUCAGUAACUUGACACUCGAGACCAUUUUCUUCAACUUGUGUAAAGCUUGCCAGAUCAAGAGCAUGGCUUCAAUCCCACCUUCCGCGUUCUCUGCCGGUCGCAUCCGCGACACACAGCGUGAUAUGAAGAUAUCGAAGGAGUUUACAGGAAACCAAUCCACCAAGUUCUUUAACACUACACUGAUGGAACUGACUCCACUGAAGUACAAUAGCAAGCUAAUGACCAGCAUCUGGGGCGACUACAACCGCUACUCGCCACACAACGUGAAGAAGAUCAAUGAUGCUAACACAUCCAAUGUGGAGUUGCAGCAAUCCGCUGCAAACUCCAACAACAAGAACGAUUCUCCGAUAACUCUGCUUUCUACAAAACUGAACAAUAUUUGGACAGCUAUUAACAUUUCAAAACACUAAUAACACUCAGAUCCCAAUGGAUACAAUAUUUUGUUUAGAUUAUAAGAAAAUAUAUAAAUACCACUAAA